CAGUAUGGCAUAAAAUUUGUCUAUAUCCCUGGAGAUAAGCAGGAGACUCCACCAGGCAUAACUGCAGGUCAGAUCUGUGAAGAGGCGACCCCGCUUACAGUAAGAAUGCCUGUUUUUCAUGUAUUUUUGAGCAUAAACACACCCGUAAUUGUAUAAAUGCAAGAUAAGCCUAAUGCCAUGCUGUGAAACAUUCAUGGCAAAGCAUUAACAUCAGCAUGGAAGCAAGUAGAUAGUGGACUCCCUAUCAGAAAAGUUACACAGUGCACCUUUAAACUAUGACAUACUGUACAUAGAUUAUUUAUAGUAAACUGCAGUACUGAUUAUAAAUGGCUUAAUAAUAGAAAGUGGUCUUUUGACGUCUUGUUCAAAACUGCAGAACUGAUAAACCUUCAUAAGCCUUCACAGAUUUCCAGAUUUUCAAGUCUGUUGGACAUUUUUAACCCAAUACCAAAUAGAGAGCAUUAGGCGGAGAUAAGGGAAAAAAAAACAAAAACUGACAUUUUCUGAGCACUCCAGCCUCAAAUGUAGGACAAUGUAAUUACACAAACAUGGAUGAAUAACUCAAAAUACAACUCUGAGAAAGCAUAAAAUGUGAGAACACCAUUGUAACAUGCACAUUGAUUUUACAUAAUAUGUCCCCUUUAAAGAUGCACUAUGCAACAUAUCUGCUGUAUGGUUUUAUUCGAGACUCCACCAGACCAAGUUACAGGUCAGAUCUGUGGAGCCCCUUCACUGUAAGAAUGCAUAUUUUUGAAGCUAUGAGCUAUAAAACACAACACAAUGCUUUUGAGAUAUAAACCAGAUGCAAAAUAAAUAUAGAUAGGAAACAAACAGAUUUCAACUAGAAAAGUUACAUACUAUAUCUUUAAUUGGUAUUAUAUUCUAUAUCUUGUGCUUUGUGGUCAUUGGGUGUGUUGACAUUUCUUCUGUACUUGUUUUCCCUGCACUUUUCUGUAGUUGUAUAAUUUAUUGUCCUAUUUGCCUUCUGGGUUUAACACCCAUCAGGAUCUUAGUCAGGAGUAUCUAGCUGAAGUGUUGGCUGUUGUUCAUGUUUCGGAGUUGGUUUUAUGAGUCAGCAUGACCCACAUAUUUUGUUGUACCAGAGAAACAAUCUAAUAGCACAGUGUUUCUCAAACUGUGGGCCUCCCCCGGUCGUAUGCAGGGCUGUUUACAGUUUGAGAAUUUGUUUCAUGUAUAGACUAAUUAUUAUUUUUUUAUUUUUUUUUGCAUGGCCCUUAUAUAAGCCUGAUUGUCCAGGUUUAGGUUUGGUACUACUAAGAAAGUCAAAUACUAUUUUACGCAGCGAUAGUAUAGUAGCUCAUAGAUAGAUAGUUGAUAGUUGAUAGAGUAUUUGUCCAGUGAUCUGAAGGUUAGUGGUUCGUAUCCCGCUUUUGACAUAAACACCAUCAUACACUGGUAGAGUUGACCCACAUGUUGGCGAUGUGAUUCCAGCUCCUACAGAUGAACGCUGUUAUUGUGUCCUUGGGCAAGACACUUAACCCUCUGUGUGUGUGACUAGGUGAGUGGUUCCUUGAUGUAAAGCACUUUGACUACAGGUGGGAAAGUAUUGUAUGACUGUAACCCUUUACCAUUUGGUGUGAAAAGUUUGAAAACCAGUGAAAUGGCUCAUGACAUUUUCAAAUGACCUCAGAGCCGUCUUCCCCUGAUGCGAUACGCGUUUCCAAAGACACCCUCAGACUUACGUAGGUGUGGGUAAUAACUGUAAAUGACGCCUUCGCAGCAGCCUCACCGCUUGUUCCCACGGCAACGCUCCCUUUCACACCCAUGACAUCAUCCAUGCUCAGAACUGAUGUCAUUGCUUCCAGUAACAUCGGCACAAGCCACGCCCACCUCUAAGCGCUCCGGGUCGCAGUAAAGUAGCCAUGCAUACUACUACACGCACUCUCCGAUAGUCUUAAAUUAAUUAUUGGCUAUUGCUAUAAAGAUGCUGCGCUCUUCUCUACUGUUCUAGCCUGCUGCUGUGCCCCCCUCCCCUCUCUGUCUCUCUCUCCCUCAGGUCUCCUCUGAUUGGCUGCCGGUGACAUCAUGAGUAGAUUUGCUGGAGGUUUCUCCUUGGCGAGGCAUCUGGAGCAUCUCUCGGCCUCUCUCACCUUGUUACUGCAGCAGCAUUACAUCACUGGGCCCACUGAGGGAGGAGCCAGCGCGUGUGCCGGCCAAUGGGAGGGCUCCGCGGUGAUGUCAUGUUGUAGGGAGCCUCGAGGUGCUGCUGCAGAAUCCAACACUGACCAGAGGAGAAAGCAGCGCAGGGAGCAGCCCACGACACCAUGACUCUAACAGCCUACAGAGAGAAGAUGCGAGAGCUCCCCCUGGUGUCUCUCUUCUGCUCCUGCGUCCUGCCUCAGCCCAAAGACCCUCCCAGAGACAAGAUCGAUGGUGUGGUGGACCUGAACCUGUGCAGUAUCCGUGACAUGGAGGUGAUUGAGCUGAGUAAACGUUCUAGCGGCCAGGCCUUCGAGGUCAUCCUCAAGCCCCCCUCCUUCGAUGGGGGUCCAGAGCUCAGGGUGACCACCCCACCUCGGCCCAAACCCUCCCUGGAGGAGAUCCAGAAGAAGCUGGAGGCUGCUCAUGAGAGGAGAAAGUGCCAGGAGGCCGAGCUGCUCAAACAUCUGGCCGAGCGCAGGGAGCACGAGCGAGAAGUGGCCCAGAAAGCCUUAACCAAAGAGCGCCAGGAGCACCCGCACAGAAACAUGCACCUGAACGCCUCACAGGAGCAGCCUCAGGUGUCAUGAUGGCCUGAUCACAACACAAGCUGAACAUUCAUGGAAGCCAUUUUGGAGGCUGACGAGGAGACAGUUGCACUAGUGACGCUGUGCUCAUACUGGGGCGGAUCUUUGCCCAGUGGCAGUGUUGUCUCUGCGGGGACAGCUCUGAGGACUCAUGCAGGACUCAUGCGGGACUCAUGCAGGACUCAUGUAAGACUCAUGUAAGACACUACUGUACCACCAGUGCCACGGCUGCCUGACAUGUGUGUACAUAAGGAGGCUCUGUGGUCUGUGUCCCUCAUGCUCUGACCCAUCCUACGCUCACUGUGACCCAGGAGCAGAAAGGGUAAAAUGUACAGCUAUCCUGACAUAUGACCCACAAGAGAUGCCCACACUGGAGGAUUUACUUGAUGUGUUUCUUUAAAAGGUCCUGUAUUAUGCAUUAUUUAGUCUUUUAAACCUUUUUUUCUGCCACAGACUGAUUUAACGUCAGAUAACAUUUUCAUGGACCAACUGCUCAAAACAAAAUUGAUCUGCAGGUACCAAACGACAUGCCCAGGGGUUGGGACCGCUGAUUUGAACUACUUAUCUGUCUGUAUCUGUCUGAGGCACUGCACAGUAGGGUUGUCAGAGCUAUCAAAAAUUAGAUUCCAAUCGAUAUGAAAAGUAGUACUGAAAAUAGAUACUUAUUUGUGCUGGUAUCAAAAGUCACAUUCACAGGACAGAACUGGACCUGUUCUUGAUUUUGGGCUUAUCAGAACAAGUUUAAGAGCACACCGACUAGUAUACACCCAUGGACCACUAUGGAACCUACCUGGACCACUGAGGGAUUACACAGAUAUAAGGCUAAAAUACACUAUUACGGAAUGUUGAAAAUAACAUUCUAUUGUGUUAAAAAGGUUUUAUUAUCAUCAGAAUCGGUAUCGAGUAUCAAGUCUCUUCUCUAGUAUCGUAAUCAAGUUUGAAGUUUUAGUAUCAUGACAACACUACUGCACAGUAAGUAGCUAAAAACAACAGCAACUUGCAUCAAAGUUGCAUAAUUGUGAAAAUCUGAGCACAAACAUUUACAGAUCAGGCUUGUUUUCGAUGAGAAACGUUUUGCAUAUUAUAGGACCUUUAUCAGUUGAUUUAUGUCCAUAUUUAUUUGCAAAUAAAACACACAUUUUAGUUUUUUUUUGUUUUUUUUGUUUUGUUUUUUUUUGCCAAACUUUUGUGAAAUUUCCAAUUGAAUAAAACCUGAACACCCAAACUCUGAUAUUGAAACUUGAAAUACACAAAGUUCAGUAAUGUUUAUUGGUUUGUCUUUAUUCUUGUUUUCAAAUGGCAAUUAUUAGACAUUUCCAGUUGUCUGUGUGAGAUCUGGUUUGAGGUGUAUGUUAUCUGAGCUGAAAGGAUGUGGUACUACUCAAAUAUUACCAAUAAAUAUAAUGUA